CGAGAAAGUAUUUGACUGGCGAUGAGAAGCCCGCUUGUCCCGGGUUGCCUGUUGUCGACUGGCAGCACUGCGAACUCGAAAGACCCAUUCAGCGUGCCCGUUCAGUCCGUGUGUCUCAGCAUCCCCACCAGCCACCCUGGACUGCCAGGGACCCAGACACCAUGUCUUUCUCCAACCAUGCUGAUCCCACACCCACGACAGCACCCACAACACCCCCUGACUUUCCUCCCCCUACCAAUGGCCGUGCAGUCGCCGUCGCUUUGACAGUAGGCAUCGUCGGCGUACUCAUGUUCGCUCUCAUCACCUGGCUUGUUCUUCGCCUCAGGCGACAACCUCAACAACAGCAAGCCUUCCUGGACCCAUCCCCCCAUCGAAUGUCGGCGGUGACCGACAGAUUCCGGCCCUCAUUCGCAUCCGAGGCAUCGUCUAAGUUUGGCUUCAAACACAAAUCAUUGCAUCUCGUCGACCAGCAUCGCGAUGACGAAGACUGGGACUUUACAUGCACGGAGCCUGAUCCCAUCCCAAAGGCGGAACCUGCCGCCCACAAACGCGUUCCACCCCCAUUACUCUCUCCAACCUCGCCGUCCUAUCGUUCCAGUACGAGCAAGGACGAUUCAAACCCGUGUUCGCCUUCCACACCACGCUCUUUCGAUAUAGAACCACCACCACCUGUGUACACACGAGAUGGCUCCGGUCCAGGAUGGACCGCCUAUGAACCCAAGGGUCGCCCCUGACCAUGCUCUUGCCGUUCAAACGCCGUGUAUAUAUACGCGCGCGCGCGCGCUUCUUCCACUUCAGAUGGCCGGCACCUACUCGACAUAUACGCACCACACAGGCAUUGUUGGGUAGUAUCAGAUGCACAUAUAUCAGCUGUUCUUGGAGUUGGAGUCACAGCCACACAGUCAGGCUGGAUCGGUUUUAUGCACAGCAUCAGAUCAUUUAUAUAUUUCGUUGUUCAAUUCACUUCAACUUUCGUUCAUUUCACUCGACUGGAAUUCACAACUGGGUUGUAACUACCUUAUUAACAGUGGACACUGUUGGAGUAAUGUUCAUUGCAGGAGCUUGCAGUAGUAAGGGAAAGUUCUUGCUUCAG